AAAGCCUGUUGUGCACCAGCUAUCGUUAUGCACGCUCUGUUGUUUACACUUCUCCCCAACCCAAGAGGUAGGUAGCUGCAUUUUACAGAUGAGGAGAUUGAAGUUAACUCAGCUAGGAAAGAGCCAGCACUGGAACCCAGGAAAGCGAAUGAACGUAAUUGAGAAUGUCUGAAAACCUUGACAAGUCCAGUAUAACCGAAGCAGGAAAAUCAAAAUCAAAUGAUCCUGAGCAAGGCCUUGAAGAUGCUGUGGAAGGUUCUGAUGGAGCUUUACAGGAAAAAAUAAAGUCGGGCUCUCCUAGCACCCAAAGAGUGCAAAGACCUCACUCUAGUCCUCCUCGAUUCGUGAGAGUAGAAGAACUUCUAGAGACAGCGAAAGGAGUCACUAACAUGGCCUUAGCCCAUGAAAUUGUCAUAAAUGGAGACUUUCGGAUUAAACCAGUUGAAUUACCAGAAGACAGCUUGGAGAAGAGAGUGAAGGAUAUCGUGCAUAAAGCUUUCUGGGACUGCUUGAGUGUCCAGCUAGGUGAAGACCCCCCAAGUUACGACCGGGCCAUCAAGCUUGUUGGUGAGAUCAAAGAGACUCUCUUAUCUUUCUUGCUGCCUGGUCACACUAGACUGAGGAACCAGAUAACGGAAGUCUUGGAUCUGGAUCUGAUAAAGCAGGAGGCAGAGAAUGGGGCCCUGGACAUUUCCAAACUGGCAGAGUUCAUUAUUGGCAUGAUGGGGACACUGUGCGCACCUGUUCGAGAUGAGGAAGUGAAGAAACUAAAGGACAUUAAGGAAAUAGUGCCGCUUUUCAGGGCAAUUUUUUCUGUGUUGGACCUGAUGAAAGUGGACAUGGCGAACUUUGCCGUCAGUAGCAUUAGGCCACAUCUCAUGCAGCAAUCAGUUGAAUAUGAAAGGAAGCAGUUUCAAGAGUUUUUGGAGAAGCAGCCAAAUUCCCUGGACUUUGUCACCCAGUGGCUGGAAGAAGCUGCAGAUGACCUUAUGAAUCAGAAGUAUAAAAAUGCCCUGCCACCUGGGGAAGAGGCCUCUGGCUCCAGAGAUGGUCCCAAGCCAGAUCCUGUUGCUGUCCAGAAUUAUGCAUACCUGAAGCUUCUAAAGUGGGACCACCUCCACAGACCUUUCCCUGAAACAGUUUUGAUGGACCAUUCUCGCUUCCAAGAGUUCCAGCUCCAGCUGGAGCAGCUGGCCGUCCUGGGGGCUGUGCUGCUGGUCACGUUCAGCAUGGCAGCCCCGGGAAUCUCCAGCCGGGCUGACGUCGCUGAGAAACUCAAGAUGAUUGUGAAGAUUCUGCUCACAGAUAUGCACCUGCCCUCCUUCCGUCUGGAGGAUGCCCUGACUGCCGUUGGAGAGAAAGUCUGCCUGGAGGUGAGCAGCUGCCUUUCCCUGUGCGGGUUCAGCCCCCUCACCACGGACCAGGAGGCCGUGCUCAAGGGCCAGAUCCAGGCUGUGGCCAGUCCCGACAACCCCAUCCGCAGGAUCGUGGAUUCCCGAAUCCUGAGCUUCUUAGAAACCUACCUUGCCUCAAGUCACCAGCAGCCAUUGCCCACAGCCCCUGGGGGAUUGGGUCCGGUUCAGAAAGAGCUGGAGGAAGUCGCUGUUAAAUUCGUGCGCCUGGUCAACUAUAACAAGAUGGUCUUCAGUCCCUACUACGAUGCGAUCCUCGGCAAGAUCCUCGUCCGGUCCUAACACGUAUGCUCCCUGCCGCAGCAGUAUUACCCACGCGGCCCAUUCUCAGCUGUGGUGUUGCUUUGGAAAAUGGCUAUUUAGUACAUUUCUAUUUAACAGCGCUGAUUCCAAAAGGAAGUAUAUUGUGUAUCACUGUUGAAAAGACUUGUUGAAAAAUGCACUGAAUUCU